UCCAGAUCCAAGGUUGGCAGGCUAUGAUUAACCAAAUCGGGUUAUAUGGAAGUGAACGGAACAGAGUCCGUUCCCCUGAGGCGUCUGUGUCUGCAGUGUCGCGUGUUGACAGGUUGGUCUAGGUCUAGUUCUGUGUCUUGCCUUUGGUUGCUGAGAAAGGGCUCUGAUCCAUUGCUGCUCCGUAAAAUUACAUCAAGGGGAUUGUAUUCCUUUUACACACGCCGAAUUUUAAAUGCUUCUUUUUUCGUCCUGUCUUCUGAUUUCCGCUGAAAUCAGCAACAUACUUUGUGCAUUUCCAUGCUUCCUCCGGACAAAGGAAAUCAGCCCCAGAAGUAUGGAGGAAGGCCGUGAUACCAAAUCCUUUCUGGACAAAAGUCAAUUUUAUUCCUCUCCUCUCCAAUGGUCACCACAUGCAAGUAUGCAGUUCCAGUAGUUUGCAACAGCCUCUCCCCCGCCCGAUGGAUGUGCGACAGCCCGAAUUCAGACAUUAUUAUUGCCUAUCAAAACCCAAGAAAUGGAUGGAUGGAUGGGAUAAAUUUUAUCGGUCCUCUCUUCCGAGUGGAAUAGCCAAUUUUGAGAAAUCAGACAGGACAAUCAACAGGGGAAAAGAAAGAAAGAAAAGAAAGAAAGAAAAGAAAGAAAGAUACCGCGAUUCGACGAGUUUUGUCCACCGCGGUUGGUGCAGCUUGUUUGUUGCAGAAUUUAAACAACGG